AUGUCUGGUAAACCUGUUACGCUACACCUGAGAGCCGAGACCAAGCCAUUGGAGGCCCGUGCUGCUCUCACGCCGACCACCACCAAGCAGCUGAUCCAAGCUGGGUUCACAGUUUACGUGGAGGACUCUCCACAGAGCGCCUUCAAAGCUGAGGAAUACGCCAAGGUUGGUGCGAAGAUUGUGCCAGCCGGGUCGUGGGUCCGUGCGCCAGCAGACCGUCUCAUCAUUGGGUUGAAGGAGCUGCCGGAGAAGGACACCUUCCCUCUUAUCCACGAACACAUCCAGUUUGCGCAUUGUUACAAGGACCAGGGGGGAUGGCAAGAGGUGCUGAGCCGCUAUGCCAGAGGGAACGGUAAGCUAUACGACCUGGAGUUCUUGGAGAACGACCAGGGUAGAAGAGUGGCUGCGUUUGGCUUCUACGCCGGCUUCGCCGGUGCUGCUUUGGGAGUCAAGGACUGGGCCUUCAAGAACACCCACGCCGACUCUGAGGAGCUUGGUGGUGUUACCCCAUACAGCAGUGAAAGUGCCCUGGUUGAGGACGUCAAGAAGGACUUGAAGAGUGCACUUGCUAAGGGCGCAAAGAAACCAAGAGUUCUUAUCAUUGGUGCACUGGGACGUUGUGGUUCCGGUGCCGUUGACUUCUUGACCAAAGUUGGCAUUCCAGAUGAAAACAUCAUCAAGUGGGAUAUGAAGGAAACUGCCAAGGGUGGCCCAUUCAAGGAGAUUGCCGAGGCUGAUAUCUUUAUCAACUGUAUCUACCUUUCUAAGCCAAUUGCUCCAUUCAUCGACUACAAGACCCUGAACGCACCAGGAAGAAAGCUCAGAACCGUUGUUGACGUUUCUGCUGACACAACUAACCCACAUAACCCAAUUCCAAUCUACACAAUCGCCACAGUCUUUGAUAAGCCAACGGUUGUUGUCAAGACCAAGUCCGGUCCUAAACUCUCUGUCAUUUCAAUCGACCAUUUGCCAUCUUUGCUUCCAAGAGAGGCAUCGGAGUUCUUCUCCAAGGAUCUUUUGCCAUCUUUGUUGCAAUUGCCAAACAGAGACACCGCUAACGUAUGGGUCAAGGCCGAGAAGCUGUACAGACAUCACGUUAAGCGUUUGAACAGAGAUCAGAAACUGUGA